AUGCAUUGCACGACUCUUCCGCUUUCCGCCCUCGAGCCCUGGUCUAGACUUAACGACGUGACAUAUCUGGAUUGCCAGACCCGAAAGUUUGAAGACGCGAGAGGCAAGGGUUUAGCGACGCUCAAGAAAUUGAGCUCCCAGAAUAUUUCCGAACGUCCUACUUUACUGAUCAUCCCACAUGAUCUUGUGUUGUCGGCAGAGGCUGUGGAGGAGUUCGCCAAAGUUGAUCAACAUUUGAAAGAAUUACUUACUGCUGCGGGUGGCCAGGCAAGUCUAAAAACCGGACUAAGAAGGGACAUCAUGCUAUUUCUCUUGAUGCAGAUAACGUGCCAUCCGGAUGGACAGUGCGUAGGUGUGAGAAACCCAUGGACUGAAUAUGUCAAAUUUCUUCCAAUACACAUUCCAGUCCCGACUAUGUGGUCUGAAGAAGAGUCUAUGAUGCUUACAGGCACGAGUUUACAGCCAGCUCUUGUUGCAAAAAAGAGUGCUUUACUCCUUGAAUUCGAAGAACUUCAAGACCGCACAUCCAGUAUUGCAUGGUGCAGAAAGUUCUGGUGGGAGAAUCAUGCUUUGACGCUCGAGGAUUGGACACUUGUUGACGCCUGGUUUCGAUCAAGAUCACUGGAACUUCCGAAAUCUGGCGAGGCAAUGGUCCCCUGCUUGGACAUGGCGAAUCAUUCUGUCGCCGCCAAUACCUAUUACGAGCAAUUUUCAUCCGACAAUAGCGUUACUCUGCUGCUGAAUCCAGAUGUAGAUGUUGAAGCUGGCUCGGAACUGACUAUAAGUUAUGGGUACGCCAAGAGCAACGCGGAGAUGCUUUUUAGCUAUGGUUUCAUAGAUGAGAGUGAUAAAACAGCUCAAACUCUUGUUCUACCGCUCGAAACAAUAUCUGAGGAUCCUCUUGCGAAAGCAAAAGUUAUCGCUUUCAAAGGCCAGCCUGUUGUUCGGAUUACUGCUAAGCAGGACGAUAUUACAUGGGAGAGUAAAUUCCUAUACUUCAUGAUUCUUAACGAAGAAGAUGGCCUAGAGUUCAAAGUUUUACAAGACGUAGACGGCUCACGGAGUCUAAGGGUUUUCUGGUGUGGAAAGGACGUAACUGACGUGACGGACACGUUCCAGUCUCUGAUCAAAAGUCAUGAGCUAGAGGAUAUCUUUACACUCCGGGUCCUUACACUGUUGGAUGAUCGAGUCCGACAGCAAAUUGAGCACCUCGACGACACCGUCACGGCCGUACGAGAACUUUCAAGUGUUGUUGAGAUCGAUCCAAAUGUGGAGAAGAAUGCCCUGAAACUUCGAGCGAGUGAAGCGUUGAUCCUGCAAAAGGCUGCCGAUAACCUUCAAUUACAAGCAAGUUAUUCCAGGGCCGGUAAGAAGGAGCUGCUUCGUAGCGAAGUUGUAAUUGGAUAUUUGGGUAGCAACAUUGAUGAUGACGAAACCGAUCAGCACGAAACGAAUGACAACAAACAGAUUGAAGACGACUUCAGUUAA